GACAUUUCCUUCAUCUCUGCUGCAGCAUGGCUCCAAAGAAGGUGGAACCCAAGAAGCCAGAGGCGAAGAAGGCGGAAGCAAAGAAGGAAGAGCCGCCGCCGCCGCCUCCUGCCAAGCCUGCGGAGCCGGAGCCCAAACCUCCAGAGGUGGACCUGAAGAGCGUGGUGGUGGAGUUCACCCCGGACCAGAUCGAAGAGUUCAGAGACGCCUUCUCCCUGUUCGACGAGACGCCCGCCGGGGAGAUGAAGAUCACGUUCGCCCAGUGUGGCGACGUCAUGCGGGCGCUGGGACACAACCCCACCAACGACGAGGUGCUGAAGCUGCUGGGGAGGCCCAAGGCGGAGGAGAUGAACGUCAAGCUGCUGGACUUUGACGGCUUCCUGCCCAUGCUGCAGCACGUGGCGCGCUCCAAGGAGCAGGGCAACUUCGAGGACUUCGUGGAGGGCCUGAGGGUCUUCGACAAGGAAGGCAACGGCACGGUGAUGGGGGCGGAGCUCCGUCACGUCCUGGCCACGCUGGGAGAGAGGAUGACCGAGGACGAGGUGGACCGUCUCAUGGUGGGACAGGAGGACGCCAACGGACACAUCAACUACACGGAGUUUGUGAAGCACAUCCUGGCUGGAUAGAAACCCGGAGGGAGUGUUGGGAACGUUUAUCCAGAUGUGUUUGUGUAAUAAAACAUCUGUCCAUUCA